CGUAUGCACUUAAGAACAGUACUACUGAAAAACCUACACAAAUAUGUCCACGCUGUAAUCAAGCCAUUCCUGUUGAUGAAAUGGAUGACCAUGUUCGAACCGACGUUGCAAAAAAUCUCAAGGUAUUUUCUGGAUAUCGUUCAGAUAUUUUUGGUACUGAAGAAACAGAAAUUGGCAGAAAGAAAGAAAAGGUUGUUUGGGAUGGUCACACUGCAUCAAUUAACAUGGCUACACAACGUGCUGCUGCUGGUGUAUCUAUUGACGAACAAAUCGCAGCAAUUCAUAGAAGUAAAGGAUUAACAAGGUAUUUUUGA